ACGAGUAGCGUCCCCAAGCCACAAGCGUAUUGUUGUCGGUGGGCAAUCGGCAUUGAGGACUGCUUGCUCACUAUUCCGCACGCAUUCCGUGACCGGCACGCUUGACGAUCGCAUUCGGAAAUCGUCGGUGCGCGUGUGCAGUUUAAAUUUGGCGCGCCAACAGUAGCGGUCGAGCAAGCUGCGAGCGAGAGAAGCUCCGUGAUUGGCAAACCAAAGUUGAAGACCGAAACGAAAAAGUUCAUUUCAUUUGUGUUUUGUUUUUGUUAGGAACUUGUUUUUUGAAAAUUAGCUAGGAUUGUUUAAUUUUAAUCAAAGACUUGAUAAUCUUUGGUGUAGUAUAAUUCUAAUAUAAAACAGUUUCAAAGUGAAAGAUAUGUGUUGUUUGUGUGGUGAUUUUCUGUCAAUAAUGUAAUCGGCGAGAAGUUUUUAAAAAGCUCCUUUAUCCUUUGUUUGGAACGUGGACGCCUACGCUACGGUAAUCCUCGUGUACAUAGUAGUACGAUACACUACUACACAUACAACGAUUAUUUACAAUGGACGGAGAAAGAAAAAUACGAAUGAGCGAAGAUGUCCCAUUGAAUGCAACAGGUGCGGCAAACAUUUUUUUGAACACCGGCAAAAAUACUAAAUUCAAUUCAACAGAUGGAACUAUCAUUCAUCUCAAAUCAGAGAAACCUGCCGACCUCGGCGUCCACAUCAACACGACUCUUUCCGUAGCGUCUUCCAAGAAAAUAAAACUUUUGUUUAUACUAAACUUUUUGUUAAGUGUUAUAUGUAUGAUACUGAGCUGUUCCAUAGCUUUUUAUUAUUGGAACGAAAUGAUCUCGAUGAGAAAACAGAUAGACUUAUUAAAAGAGCAAUUUAUGAUGCACAGCAUAGGGCAGGAUAAAAUUCAGAGCAGCCCUCUUGUUUCUUUCCAAAGACCGCUGUAUAACAGUGACAAUAGGCAGCCAAGAAUGGAAGACAGCUCCAAAGAUACCCUUCUAAAUACAAAGAAAUUCUUUGUUGAAGACCUUGGAGAAGACAUGCUUCUAGUGGACUCUAGCAAAAAAAAUCCUAGCAGAGAAAUGACAUCAUUGAAACAACUAACACAAACAAAGAAAGAAUUAUUGGUGGUCCACUUUAAUGGUGCAGUUCAAGAGACUAACUUAGGUUUACAAUCUAUAGUCGGGCCAUGGGUGCGAGAUAAAGAAAUAUCAUCAGAGAACAGCGAGGACAAGAUAGAAUUGAACACCAAUUAUGUUACUAUCCAGGAGAGCGGCAUCUACUUAGUAUAUGCGCAGGUGGUAUAUCUCACGCAAGCCCCCAACUGUUACUAUAUCUGGGCACGGCAGCCGGGACAGCAGCCGCGUAUGUUGACCACGUGCGCGACCGGCGACGACUCGUCGCGGCGACCGCUCGACAAAUCGCAGAUCUCCUGCUCCGUCCAAACUGUCUCGCGUCUACUGAAAGGUGAUACCGUCAACAUCGCUCAACGCGAACACAAUAGAACCCUCUGGCUCCGACCCGGCUACUCGUACUUCGGAUUUGUCAAACUGAGUUCCUAGAUUAUGGCUGUGCUAGUUUUAAGGCUGGUUUUCGACCAUAUGUAAGUUGAAACAUUGGUC